AUGGCGACCGAGCACGCAGCUCCCGCUUUUUCCGUCCCCAACUACCACCAUUUCCAGCAGCCGCCGCACUUCACCAAGCAGUCGCAAGGCGUCUUCGUCGCCAGCACCCGCCUCAACUACCCCACCAUGGACCAGCGCGACCCGGCCCAGCUGCCUAACAGCAUCCAAGUCCACGCCCGCCGCAACUCGGUGCCCUACACGGGCAGCUUCCGCCGCUCUCACACGACCGGUGACAUUAACACUGCCGACUACACCGCCCGCGACUUCGGCCGCCAGAAGAAGCCGUCGCCGCCGCCAUCGCUCGCCGACUCGGCCUGCUCCGUGUGCACCACGCGCCACUGGGAGUGCGAUGGCAAGCGUCCGCAGUGUACCGGCUGCGAAAGGAACGGCCUCUCGUGCCACUUUAGCGAGUCGCCGUCUUCGGACCGCGCUCCUCAGGGAAUGUCUGCUGACGACUUUGUUCGCGUCGGUGAGCUGCCAGAGGAGCUGGAGCCUCACCGCGAGAUGAUCGAGGGCGUGCGUCGUGUUUACGCCACUCUCGUCAAGAUGCGCUACAUCCCUGCCGAUGAGCUCCAGUGGCCACCCCACCACCAGCUGAAGAGCAUGCUGGAGCCCCUCGGCUACGAUCCGCGCGUCGUGGAUGUGAUGCGCUUCCUGCCCUAUCUGAAGAACACCGUCGUGCAGCGCGCCAGCCCGGAGCUCGACCACGGAACCUAUGGAAUCAACUACCUCGACCAAGGCGAGGCCGAGGACAUGCUCGAAGUCGCCAGGCCCGGCGAACUGAUUGUUUUCAAGUCUUGCUCCGAUUUCGGCAACUUCUACGUCUACAAUAUAGAAAACAGGACUAUGAAGCUCGCGACGCCUUUCCAACUCUACAGCAAGGAAACUGGCAGACAAGAAUUCGACAACAGACUCACAGCACGCCCCGCCGGCGCCGUGCUCAACGACCUAGUCGAGGGCUACAGAAAUCUCACGCUCGUGCCCAUGCGCGGCCUCCAUGGAUACCAGCUGUCCUCCUCCCUUCCCGGAUCCGAUACCGAAAUCAAGCGCCUGUACCUGAGACAUGGCUGGCCCAACAAGUUCGAUGGCGAAAGCUUCCAGAAAGCUCUCGCCGAGUGGCUUGAGCGCGAGAGCAAGAAGCAGCAGGCCGACGUUGGCCAGAUGACCCGCGUUUCCGCCGUCGAAGCGCAAUCUGGUACUCCGAACCGCAAGACCAUGCGCAGCACCCGCAGUCUCCGCGAAAGACUCCAUCUCACGCGUCGUGCCACGGCCAAUAGAUAA